ACCAAACAUCAUUAAAUUCAAAAAUAUUCCUUUCAUUACGAACCAGCAAAUCUAAGCGCAAUUUUAAUUUUCAAUGAUUUUGUAGACGUUGAUCAAACAAAACAAGAAUGAAAUUUUUGUUGACGUUUCUUGUUGGUGCUGUUUUAAUUUUGAACAUAGAAGCAGAGUGGAAGAAUCCUUCCAACAACCCCUUCUUUAAAUGUGGAAAAUUUGAAUACACCGACUAUUGUGCCAGUUGUGAAGCAACCCCGACAUGUACCAACAGAAACCCAAAACCAAUCAUCUAUCAGUGUCAGUGUUUCCCUGCCUGUUUGUGUGAAAAGGGAUACGUUAGAGAAGAAAUUUCCAAGGAUUGUAUUUUACCAGAAAAAUGUCCAGAACUUUAAUUAAAUAAAAUGUGUAAACUUUGUAAAAUAUUUUAUAUUUUGUAAUUUGGUGAAUAAUAAAAAAAUUUCUAGUUCUA